UGUGAUUGUCACAGUCAGACGGCACAGGACUCAGAGACUGACAGUUCUAAAGACUCACCACAAUGAAGAUCAUAGCUCUUGUAUUGAUUGUCUGCGCCAUCACAGGCUGUCAGGCUGAUGUCAGUGCUGACCAGGUGGCAACUGCUUUCUGGAAUUACUUUACUCAACUGACCAAUGAUGCCAAGGAUACAGUGGAGCAGAUCCAGCAGUCUGAUAUCAGUAAUAAACUCAAUGCACUGAUUCAGGAGAACUUGCAAUCUGUAAACCUCUAUGCCGGUGAUCUACAGCAACAGCUCCUUCCCUUUGCCCAGCAACUUCAAAGUAAGUUGACACAGGACUCUGAGAAAUUGCGAGAGGAGAUCCGCCAGGAGCUGGAGGAACUGAGGUUGAAGCUUUCACCUUAUGCAGAUGAAGUGCACAAGCAGUUGAGCAGGAAUGUGGAGGAGAUGCAACUCAAGUUGACUCCCUAUGCUGAAGAACUUCGUAGUCAGCUGGAGAAGAACACUCAGAAAGUUGGUCAGCACCUAAAAGAUGUCACAAAGGAUCUAAACACUAAAAUCCGUGAAAGCGCUGGCAAUGUGCAGACAUCACUGAGACCUUAUUCACAGGAACUUCAGGACAGGAUAGAGGCUAGUGUGAAAUACCUAGAGCAGAACGUGGAGCCCUACACCCAGGAGAUCAAGGAAAAGAUUGAUCAGCAGGUACAGGAAAUGCACCGCAGUCUGACCCCUUAUGCUGAGGAUGUGCAAGAGAAGCUUGGCAAGCAGAUUGAUAACAUGGCCUUUCAAAUGAAGAAGAGUGUCAAUGAUAUGAAGAGCAAGAUCAGCGAGAACACUGAGCAGCUGAAGAGCCAGCUGAGCCCCUAUGCAGAGGAGCUGAGGGAGAAAUUGCAAGGAAACAUAAAGGAUGCCAGGCACAAUCUGGAGCCCUACCUGACCGAUCUGAGCCAACGCAUGGAGCAAACACUCUCAGAUUACAAGAACACAGUAGCGCCCUAUGGAGAGAACCUGAACAAGGCUGUGGUGCAGAGGCUGGAGGAGAUGAGACAAAAACUGGGACAGUACACUGUGGGGGUACAAGACCAGCUGGAGUUCCUGGAGAAGGACGUGCAGGAAAAAAUCAGCACCUUCAUCAACCAGGGUGUCCCCUCUGAAAUGUGAAGCUCCCUCAUCCUAAUGUGUCAUCACAAUCAAAUGGGUCAUUCCAUUGUACCCUGACCUGUAGUCCUUGUGCACAUCACAUCUCACACAACCCUGGCCUGUCACUUACUGUAGCCUCACCAUCUUAUUCUACUUAACCCUGACUUUUGUCACUUACUAUACAUCUCAUCUCACACGACUCUGACAUGUGACUUAAUCUAUACAUUAUAUCCAACUGUAAGAAAUACUGAGGUUAAACAUAAUACCUAGUAAUUAUUACUCUAGCAACAAACUGCUGAAGUGUCUCUCAAAACAAAAAACUGCUUGUGAAUGUGGCACAGAGAGCACAACUCCUGAGGUUUGUUACACAGCCAUGAGGAAGUACUGGUCAACAUCAUGUGAUGUCACAUUCUCUGCUAAAGUCAUACGCUUUAGCCUGUUCAUAUCAUCUGGUUAUGGAGAAGAAAAGCAGAAUCUAAACAUUAUGUUAUUUUGCUAUUACUUAAUUAAUGUUAGCUAAUUACUAUUUCUGCUAUUUUGGCUCUUGUCAGCCCACUUGGUACUAUGCUGUUUGCCCAUAUGGAUGUGAAAAGUUUCUCUUUUAUGCUCUUCAAUAAAAUGCAACUCAGCAAUG